CAAUUCCUUUCCCAGCCAUCUUGUGGCAUCAACUAGCGAAGUGUUCGCACCAAGCCUCGUAGAAUCGGAGGAGAAUCCUGCUGAAGGGGCGCCAUCAUGCCCGGACAUCUGCAAGAAGGUUUUGGCUGUGUUGUAACCAAUCGGUUCGACCAGCUAUUAGACGACGAAGAUGACCCAUUCGAGGUUUUAAAGGAGGCAGAAAAGAAGAAGGACGCGGUUCCUGGUGGUGCCGCCAAGACUGCUGCCCAAGCUGCAAAGGUGGCCAAAAAAGAGUCUCAGAAAGACAGGAAGAACCCUGUUCCCGAGAAGAAAGAAGAAACACAGGCACCCGUAGCCCUUAAGAAGGAUGGGAUGAGGAGAAUGGGCAGAAGACCUGACCAGCCAGGCCAGACAGGGUCCCAGCAGCAGGGGGGUCAAGGGGAGGGGCGUCCUCCCACGGAGAGGCGGACAGACCGGAGGCCACCACGUGAACGCCGGUUCGACAAGCCUGCUGAUGAGAAGCCUGCUGAGGGAGGAGAGUUCUCCGUUGAAAAGCCUGCUGGUGACCGGCCGUUCAGGGGCCGUGGUGGCGGCAGAGGCGGGCGUGGAGGACGCGGCAGGGGCAUUGGCAGAAGCGACGGCUUUGAUGCUCGUGGAAAACGUGAAUUCGACAGACACAGCGGCAGUGACCGAUCCAGCCUGAAAGCUGAGGAAAAGCGUGGGGGAAGUGGAUCUCACAACUGGGGGACUGUCAAGGAUGAAUUGAGUGAGCUUGACCAGUCAAACGUUACUGAGGAGACCCCGGAGGGUGAGGAGCACCCCCCUGCUGACUCUGAGAACAAGGAAAACGAGGCCGGAGAGGUGAAAGAGGAAGGGGCCAAAGAGAUGACCCUGGAUGAAUGGAAGGCCAUGCAGGAUAAGGAGAGAGCCAAGGUGGAGUUCAACAUCCGCAAGGCCAAUGAGGGAGCCGACAGCCAGUGGAAGAAAGGAUAUGUGCUGCACAAGUCUAAAACUGAGCCUGGCAUGAUUGAUACUGAAGGGGAUAUUGAGACAAAGACCGACGAUGAUCACGCCUCAAGGAAGCCAGCCCAUGACAUCACAUCUCAGCUGGAGAUCAACUUUGGAGAUUUGGGACGCCCAAGCCGCGGACGCGGAGGUCCAAGGGGGGGCAGGGGAGGUCGAGGAGGUCGUGGAGGCCAUGGACCAGAAACCGCCAGGCCGCCACGCGGUGGUCGCACUGAUAAGCCAAGUGGAUUGUCUGUCCCGAACGUGGACGACCCUGAGGCCUUCCCGGCCCUUGCCUGAGUCCAGUCCCAGUGAGCUGGACCUGGAGCGCCCCCGCUGGGCCCCUCCUCUACGAGGCUUGCAUGCUUAAGGAUCCUUCAGCAGAUGAAAUGAUGGAAGACUGUCAUCCAUGCCAUUCACCCCUGAGGACUGAAAUUUUACCUGUUUUAAAAAAAGGAAAAAAAUUAAGAAAAAAAAGGAAAGGACUUCUUGCUACUCUGAAGCAAAUUAUUGGUAGAGGUUUUGUAUUUUAGAAAACAAGGUAGCAGGGAUGUUUUCAUACAGUAUUUUUUUCAGAGGUUAUGCAUUCUUCAUGGAUACUUUUUGUAUUGCUGCUUGAAAAUGCGCAUUUUCAAACAGAUGUGAAAAGUGCAGCAGUAAGCGUGUGGUAUCCUAUGGGUUGCGUUUUGUUAUUGUAAACAGUUGCCUCCAGUCAAGCACCUUGGGGAUCAGACAAGCUCUUACUAUGUUGAGUAUUUCUGAAAAGGUUACUGCCUUUAGUAAAUUGUCAUUUGAAAUAGGCAGAACUUAUCAGUUCUGUUUAACUCAAGGGGGCCAGCUACCAGGGACAUGGUAAUAUGGUCCCUGUGAGUUUCUUGGGGGAAUCUUCAUGGAAGAUUCAAGUGUUAAAUGUUAAAGAUGUAUGCCAAGUUCAUCCAUCUAUAUGCCACUGGUGAUUAUGAAACUUAAUGUAAGAUGAGUUCAAACAACCUGAUGACAUGAAUGUGACUUAAAAAAAAAAAAUUGAAUCUGGGGAAAAACAAAAAUCCAUUUGCUAUGUGUACUCUACACCACUUAAGUUCUUUAAAAGCCCAUCAAUUUGAUAAAUGUUUACAUGAUGCACUCCUGUUUACUGAAACUGAUGUAAACUCACCUGGUAAGCCUGUUCAUGAAAAAAAUAUCUGUACAAGUGAUCAUUCUUUCGUAUCCCUUAUGCUUUACCAACAGCACUACUGCGCAAUUGCUCUGAAAGAAAUACGGUUGUUCAGUGUGGGACAACUGAGAGCUUAUAAAAUGUGUGAAUUCCAGCCCUGCUAUUAUAUAGACCUCUGUCCAUAAUUAAAAAGAUGGUCGAUUCA